CCGGGCGGAGUGGGCCCCGUGCGGGCUGAGGCAGGCCGCGGGUGCGGGGCGAGCUCCGUGCGUGCGUGCGGGCGAAGGCUCCGCGCGGCCCCAUGCUGCUGCCGCUGGCCUGUCUGCACGGGCGGGUGGCGCAGUGCCUCACCUCCUUGCUGGUGCUGGCAGAGCCGCUCCCCAGGCCCCGGCACGGCGCAAGGGCGCGCGGCGCAGCACCGAGGAGCACCGAGGCCGCCCCCGCUGCCCUGUCAGUGAAGAUGGCCGCGGAGCUGUACCCGCCUGCCGGUGCGGCCGCCGCCGCUACCGCCACCGACAUCGCUAACAGCAACGCCGCGGGCACGGGCAGGAAGGCCAGCCCGCGCAGCCCGCCCCGCCCGGCGCCCGCCCCGCCGCCGCCCGCGCCCGCUCCCCCCGCGCCCGACAACAACAACCCUGAGAGCCCCAACUGGCAGUCCUUCCACCCGACGCUGCGCGAGAGGAACGCGCUGAUGUUCAACAACGAGCUCAUGGCCGACGUCCACUUCAUCGUGGGGCCACUGGGGGCGGCCAGGCGCGUGCCGGCCCACAAGUACGUUUUGGCCGUGGGCAGCUCUGUCUUCUAUGCCAUGUUCUACGGAGAUCUUGCAGAAGUCAAGUCAGAAAUCCACAUUCCCGACGUGGAGCCUGCUGCCUUCCUGGUCUUGUUAAAGUACAUGUACAGUGAUGAGAUCGAUCUUGAGGCAGACACGGUGCUUGCCACUCUGUAUGCUGCUAAGAAGUACAUAGUGCCUGCCUUGGCAAAAGCCUGCGUCAACUUUCUGGAGACAAGUCUGGAAGCCAAAAACGCCUGUGUCCUACUGUCCCAGAGCCGGUUGUUUGAGGAGCCUGAGCUGACCCAGCGUUGCUGGGAGGUCAUUGAUGCACAGGCUGAGAUGGCCCUGCUAUCUGAAGGCUUCUGUGAAAUUGACCGUCAGACGCUGGAGAUAAUUGUGACUCGGGAGGCCCUCAACAUCAAGGAGGCUGUGGUCUUUGAGGCUGUCCUGAACUGGGCUGAGGCAGAGUGCAAGAGGCAGGGUCUGCCAAUCACCCCACAGAACAAGAGGCAUGUUUUGGGGCAAGCUCUCUAUCUGGUCCGAAUUCCAACCAUGACCCUGGAGGAGUUUGCCAAUGGUGCUGCUCAGUCGGACAUCCUGACCUUGGAGGAGACCCACAACAUCUUCUUGUGGUACACAGCCGCCAACAAGCCCCUCCUCGACUUCCCUCUGACCAAGAGGAAGGGCCUCACCCCACAGAGGUGCCACCGAUUCCAGUCUUCCGCCUAUCGCAGCAACCAGUGGCGGUACCGUGGGCGCUGUGAUAGCAUCCAGUUUGCAGUGGACAGAAGGGUGUUUAUUGCUGGGCUGGGCUUAUAUGGGUCCAGCUCCGGGAAGGCCGAGUACAGUGUGAAGAUAGAACUCAAGCGGCUGGGAAAGGUCUUAGCUCAGAACCUGACCAAGUUUGUGUCAGAUGGAUCCAGUAACACCUUCCCAGUCUGGUUUGAGCACCCAGUCCAAGUCGAACAGGACACCUUCUACACCGCCAGUGCUGUCCUGGAUGGCAGCGAGCUCAGCUACUUUGGGCAGGAGGGGAUGACCGAAGUACAGUGCGGGAAGGUGGCCUUCCAGUUCCAGUGCUCCUCGGACAGCACCAAUGGGACUGGGGUCCAGGGUGGGCAGAUCCCAGAACUUAUCUUCUACGCCUGAGGCUGUGAGGGGCAGGAGAGGUGCGUUCAGCCUGGCCCUUCCUGGGAGGCACACAGUAAAUGCAGGGGAGGUACAAUGUGCCGCUAACUACCUUACUGACACCAUUAAAGGCGUGGCUUACUUGUAUCAGCACAUCUGUGGAACAGGCCCCAUCUCCAUGCAGCCAGGGUCUGUUGUGGCCAAGUUCUGGGUAUCCCUUGUACACUGGGGUGCAUGCCCCAAGCCAGAGGGCAGACAGGUUCAAGGCAGGCCCUGGCUCCCUGCCCAGUGGCACCCAAGAGCUGUGAGUGAUUGGAUGUUCCUCCCACCUGUCUGGAUUCUAAGUGGCUCCCAAGUUUAUCUUGAGACCAUCCCUUGAAACCCCAAAUUGCUGAAAAGUCACUUAAAAUAGUUCAUCUAUUUAAGUAGACUUUCAUAAUAAAGGUUUCCCAAAAUGAGAGCCAUGUGUAGAUAAGUAACUAUAGGAGUUGUGAAUUGAGGUGUUCUCUUUCUCAUACUACUUAAAAGAGCUUGUUAUCCUGGAGAAAAAAGCUUUGGUUCUAUGGUUAGAAACAAAUCACAUCCUGGAAAAGGCCUUCUGUUCUUGGGGCUUCUGCACAGUGUCUGGGCUGGCCUCCUUGCCAGGGCUGUGGCUAGGAUGUUGUGAAAAGCCAGGUGUCAGGCUGCUUCUACCUUCCAGAGCAUCAAAGCCCUAUUGCAGGAGUCAGAUUUGGGGUGGGUUGUGUUCUGCUGCUGAGUACACUGUAAGUGAGGCAGCUCCAUGAGGCCUGGCCUGGCCUCCACUGCACACUCCACAGCAGUUGCAUUGUCUUGAAAAGCCUCGGCCUAACUUCCAAAGGGAGAGACGGCCCCACCAGCAGUGGCGUGGUCUCUAAGGAGAGGGUGUGGGCACUAGCUCAGGGUGUGUAGCUGCUGGCCAGCACCAGGGAUGUGGUCAUGUUGAUGACAGAACAUACUCCGUCCUCUACCCUGGUAAUGCUUCUUUACCAUGAGGAGACAUUUGACGGUCAAGAGCAAAGGCCACAAGUAGGCCACGAAGAUCCUUCUUGGUAAAACUCAUAUAAAGAGGCUGUGGCUGGGCGAGCAUCCAUCUCCAGAAGCUCCCCUUACCCCUAUGAGAGGUCCUUCCUUCCUCAGGGCACCUGCAGUUAGCUGUGUUCCUCAAACCCUGUUAGAUAGGCUUCCAAUAUACAUUAUGCCCUUUUCCCUCUGUCUACACGUAACAGGCCCUGGCAGUAGGCCUUCUGGAUUUGCACCAGAAAUAAUGCCCCACCCCACCCCACCCCACAGCUCUACCAGCAGAUUUUAGAAGACUUUUUUUUUGGUGGGCAGGGGUGACGGGGGGAGAGGG